AUGUUCAACAAGGUGGGCACAUCAAAUGCCAACGAGGUGGGGGCACCGCGGUCCGCAUUAAAGAAGAGGGGGGCGCGUGACGGCGGCGGUGAGGCCCGAGCGUCUCUUCUGCCUUUUGACACCGCAGGGGCGGCGGAAGAUCAGACGCUCGAUACAAACGCGGCGGACUAUGACCCCGAAAACCCGGGUACACUCUUCAUGAAGGUCAAGGCGAUGCGGGAGGCGGCGGAUGGAGUGACAUGUCUGCGGACGCUCGACGCCUCCGCAAGAUCACGGCCACCCUGGUGGCUACGCCGGUUGACGGAGUUGAAACUGUUUCUGAACAGCACAUCGCUGCGGGCAAGGUCGAGUGAUAGCGUGGCGGCCUUGGCGCUGGAUCAGCUAGCUGCCGAUGUGGAAGCUGCGCAGGCCCUCGAGCAGGCGGUUGCGGAGGGCAAGGACGGUGGGUUUUGUCGACCCUCCGCGAGAGUGGUUGAGCGUCUUGAAAGCGAAGAUACAAAAGAAGCAGAAGAGCAGGAAAUGACGCUGCUGUCGCCUCCGCCACUUUUGGAGGGUGAAGAGACGGCAGUCAUCACUAGGGCGGCUGAAGAGCCUGUUGGAGAGGAAACGUUGGCGCAACUUGUGCCGCCGUGGCUGUAUGUCGGUAGCGCGAAGCGCAUGACGCACCAACUCUCGCAGUCUCUCACGGCUCGACACCAGAAAUUACUUGAAAUGCUGGCUGACGGUGCCGAAGGGGCGGCGAUGAAGCUUUUGGGUAUUCCCGACACUGGCGGGUACGACGGGACACAGUGCGUUUUGUUGUGCCCGGCCGUGCAACGUCUGCAUGCAUCCGUCGUGCGGAAGUCCAUUCUCAUGGACAACUUUGCAUCGCCAAGGCAUCUGCACGGAAACCGAGCCCAACUUAUAAGCGACGGAUUUCGAGCGCAGACACCAUGGAUUCAUGCGGAUUACAUCACGGAUGGGAAUGUUCGUCCUAUGUACAACACAAACGCCGUAUUUGUGCCCCGCUCUAGCGAAGACUUCCAGUGGAGCGAAACGAGAGGAGCCGCUAGGAAGAGUAACUCAUUUUUUAUUCAUAUUGAUUACAUCCGCUUUCGCCCCACUGUAGCGGUUGCGUGGCAGCAUACCGGUGAAGCUUCCAGAGAAGGUGCGGCAUCAACUUUGCAGGCUGGGCCUUUUUACACUGCGGGCAUGACAAACACUUCAUUAGUGUCCUCCGCGGGCCUUCACCAGCCCCUCUACCACGGCAGUACCAAGCCAUGGAUAAGCUUCACGCAGGAGGACAAACUUGUUUCUAAAAUUUUGGACAGCUACGAGCAGUAUCGUAUGGUGGAGUUGAACCUUUUGCCGCAGCUUAAGAACCGUCAGUUCUACAAGGCUCAACUAGAGAACUUGGAGCAGCAGCCUCGCCUGACGGAAGAACAGGAACACUUGAAAGACUCACUGCGGCAGCUUUUAAAUCUCACCUGUGAGCUUGAACGUGUGUACCUUAAGGCGAUGGUGUCUGCCUGGCAGCAACUGGCGCGACUGCGUGGUGAAGAUCCAAACGGGUGUUUUGUCCCAUUUCAGCAGCCCGAUGCAGGGGCAGGUUUGCACGAGGUCACUGCCGCUUCUUCCUCCUAUUGGCCAUCGCAAAAUGACAGUGGCGAGGGGUUUGGAUUACGGCGAGGGUUCUUAGGCCUUUCUGAUGGAGCUAUGUCCCUGUUGAGUGACGGCCCGGGACCUCAGACACCACUGUCAGCGACGCCUUUCCGCAUGUACUUGCGGCGCCAUAGCGAGGGGACGAUUGUGCUUCCCAUUCAGGAGGAAAAUUUAUUAGAUUAUACGCCGGUCAUUGAGGGGGUGGUUGCAUCAUCCCAAGUACCUGUUAACGGAGGGAUGCAUUUGGAGAGUGGCGGGGCGUCCCCGCCGUCCCCGCAGUUAUUGAUGUCGUCGUCUAGACUGCAAGAAGGCAAAUUGCCCACUUUUAGGGUGUUCGUGUUUGCUCGCACUAAUGUUGCGGUUACUCCACAGUUUAUGGGAAGUACGGCCCCACGUGCAUUGAAUUCGUCAAAGGUAGUUUUUUUUAAUGAAACCUUUGAACUACUCACAUUGCAGGAGCCCCAGGAGAUACUCCUGCAUAUUCUCUCAGUAGGUGGGUCGGAUGGUGAUUGCGUGAUUGCUACCGUCAGCGUUACACCUGCACUCACUCGGGUGCAUCUGUUGCUGCCGUUGCAGGCCCCGAUUUCUUUUUCUUACCGUGGCACGACGUACGGCAAGCACGGAAGCGGCGUUUUGCCAGGCAUCAUUUCACUCUCGACAACGUGGACGACGAUACAAGGAAUGACUAUCGAGGAAAUUGAGGACCGCUUCCUGCACGGUGAGUUAGAUCCGUUGGAUCCGCAGUAUGAACCGUUCCUGGCCACCCUUAAGGCCCACUACGUGAAAUUGAGACGAAACGCGACGGCGUUGUCUGAAGGGACGGAGGCUGUUUUUCCAGGAUCCAGCGACGACGGCAUGGCACUGAAGAUACGUAGGCAGGGGAAACGUCAAUCCAUCCCCGGUCGACCGCCGCUUUCUCUGCAAGGUGAGGAUGAGAGUAAACGGUUGGAGCUGCUUCACCGACGCUGGCUGUUUUACACGGCCCAUGCCACCCCAAAAGAUGUGGUAGAGGCCCGUCUUUUCCAGGUGCCCAUUCCGCUAGAGGACUCGGAAUGCUAUGAGUUGCAGCAGCGUAUAACACGUGUUGCAGCACGCGAAAGACGUGAGUUGAAGUUUGAGUUGCCCUCAGAUCUUCCUUUGCUUACUGAUUUGGAGGUGGAUCUGUCCCCCAGAGCACUCCUUCUUAGCCCACUUUCACGCAACGGCAAACUGCAGCUGUGGCAGCAACGUAUGCGCCGCCGCAAGGCUUGUCGUCUUUCUUCCCGCAAGCUGGAGGAUCAUGAAAUUCUGGAGCGGCACGUUAUUUUACCGAAGCUGCGCCCAGUGAAGGGCUUCCGCCUGACCCCGGAAAGUCAACUAAACCCUCGGCGUGAGGAGCGGCCGAAGAUAAACAAAAUGGGUCGCGAGGGCCUCGUGAUGCAGCAAGGCACCCGCAUUGUUGUACACAUCAUGAAGGCGACAGCGCUGCCGCAGCGCUUGGAUGGUACACCACUGGAGCCCUUUGUGGAAGUCACAUUUGUCUAUGAAACUGUCGUCUCGCGCAGCGAGGUCGGCAGCUCCCCCUCGUGGUUUGAAACCCUCAACAUUCCCUUUUCCCCACCCGACCUUGACGACGAGACCCUCUCCCUCAUUGAGGACGACAUUGUGAUAUCCGUGUACGAUAAGGUUGAGAUUCCGAUGACCCCAACCUCGUUGCUCGCUGGAGUUGUUUCCCAUGAGACGCACUACCGAACAGAGCGUCGCCUACUGGGGAUACUGCGUCUGCCAUUUUUUACCCUCUACGAGGCUGAUCAGGCCCGUGUCGAGGGACAGUUCUCCCUUUCCACUCCGCGGUGGGUGCUGGGGUACUCUCCAGAUGGACGCGACACUGGCGCCGCCAUGAAUCCCACAAGGUUGCAUUAUGACGCAGCGAUUCACUCACCCCCGUCGGUUCAAUUGUACGUUGCGCUGUGGCCGCCACUUGGCCGCACCACACGCAGGGAACUUGACCACGCCACCAUUUCACGGCUUCUAAAACAGUUGAAUGUUUCAGCACAGCUGCAGUAUUUACAUGGGAUUGCAAUGAAGUGGAGACGUGAUGCUUUGAUAGCAAUAAAGCGUCUCUCCUCAGUGAAUCCUGUUGCUCACAUGCGGGAAAUUGAGCCAUUUGUAUUUUGCACAACAGGGGACUUCACUCUAGUGUGUCGUUACCUUCUUGCGAAUGGGGGUCCACCGCCACUAAGCGUAACAACAGUUGAAGAGGCUAUUCGAUUUGUGUCAUUGUUGCCUUUUCAGACGGACCCGCUUACAUGGGGUGAUAAUGAUGUGUGGAGCACAAACGCAGAGUUUCUUCGCGUACGAGAAGGUGAUUACGAGGAGCUUUCCCUCUUGCUGGCGCAUUUUUUGCGUUUUCUUGCGCCAGGGGAGGUGACCUACGUGGUGACAGGGAGAGGUGUCACUCAUCAUCACGUGGUGGUGGUUCUGCAUUCCUUUGCUGGUGAGCUUCGCCUGAUUGACCCACGCACAGGCUGGGUGUGCCCGGUCCACAACCCUCACCUCACAUUUUUUCGUGACGUACACAUGGUGGCGUCGCACAAUCAGCUGUGGGCGAAUGUGCAGCUGAGUGGGGCCCCACACCGGAUGGAGUGGGACCUAAACGACCGGCAUUUUUGGCUGCCAUGCUUUGAUCACGAGGACGAGAAUGUGAGGGCCUGUUUGCCCUUUAUUGCCCCCUUGCAGCGGGAGACACUGCCCUUUUCAAUACCUGAGCCUCGGAAGGAGCGGGAGAUUGAGCAGCAGUUGCGCAAGGCCGUCCGUCGUGCGCUGGUUGGGUGGCGCAACAACCGACAUCUUGCCUUUCACCACGGUGUUGCUCCAAUCCUCCAGGUGUUUCUGAGGGAUGCCGAGGAUGAACUCUGCCGGCAUGCCAGUGUGCGGCACGAGGCUGUGACAAUGCGAGCUAGAGAUAUGCUGAAUGAGUACUUUAGGGAAGACCUCUUCAAGGAUCGUUUGCGACGCCGCCAACGAGAAGGGGAGGAGCGGGGUCGUGUUGCCGAUGGCGACACGAGAGUGAAGGUAGGAAGGCCCCAUCUUUGCAUUAUGGGAAGCCCCGUGAAUGCCGCCUAUCAACCCCAUGACACAGCCUAUCAAUGUAUCCUGCAACAGGUGUUCGAGACUGCAGUGCAUGAGGUGGGCACAAAUGCAGUUAGCUUUGCGAUUGGCGUGUACGUCAAGGGAUACACCAGUGAGGUGUACUCCAUGUGGGUGUUUCUGGUGGCACUAUAUGAGGUUGUGGCCUCUCCGUCACGUUAA